AUGUUAACGUUACGAAUUUGCGCACGGUUUCGACCACACGCAAGUACAUGCCGAUUGCAGUCGACAUUAGCUGAAAAGAUGAAACGAGCUGUUUCUGGAAUUAAUCCUGAAGAUAGUGAAGAAGACCAGAAACGAAUUUUGAAUGAGCAGCGAGAUAGCAAAGGUGAGCCGUUCCGUCCCAUAUUUUUGGGUCCAAAGCGCAAAUUGCGCGUGCAGUUAAACAUCGAAAGGCAAACAGGCCAAACGAAAGUUCAAAGUCUACCACGUGGUGAUAUAUUUCAGCGAAUGCUGGUUCGUCGGCCGCGAAAGGAAGAAAUGAGUACCGAACAAGACUGGCCAAGUGUUUGGCCAGUAGCACGUUCAUUCCGAUCCUCUGUGGUACCACUUCCAGUUCGAAUGGGCGCUAGGAGGCAUCCCGAAAGGAGACCACCAUUCAAAACGGAGGGCAAUUUGGAAUUGGUCAAAAUACCGAAUUUUCUUCAUCUUACUCCAGCAGCUAUUGAAAGGCAUUGCAAUGCAAUUAAAAAAUCUAUAGCGCUGGGGGUUUCGCAGUUUGUUGAUCCGGGAGGGAUUCGCUUAGACUUAGUUGGUAGUAGUGUAGAAUAA